ACAGCUUGGGCUCAGAGCUGAAGUCUGAACUCCACCUCCAGGCAGAAUGAGAGUCAUCUCAGCAUCGCUGCUGCUCCUGCUGCUGGUCAGCAGCCUCUCUCCAGUCCAUGGGGUUCUGGAGGCCUAUUACACAAACCUGAAGUGUAAAUGUAAGCAAGAGAUCUCAGAUUUUGUCCAGCCACGCUUUAUUGAUCAGCUGCAAGUCUUUCCCCGUGGGAACGGUUGCGCAAAGACAGAAAUCAUACUCUGGCUGAAGAAUAAGUCUGUUAUAUGCGUGAAUCCUGAAAGCAAAUGGAUACAGACAAUAAUGAAACUAAUACAGAAAAAAAAAUUUUUUUCAACUCCACCAACUCCAGUGAUUAAGAGAAGGGUUUCCUGAUGCCAAUAUUCCCACUAAGAAUACCUGCAUUCUCCCCUUUUCCCUGCUCUGGACUUUAACUUUGUACUUGGUUGAAUCUUUUCCAAGAAAAUGAACUUCUCCAUACAAAUGAGUGCAAGAAUAUAUGUAAAAAUCACCCUAGAUGCUGGUGGGGCAAACUCAAGCUUCUUCACAUACGGUACACCCUAUAAAGUUGGAAUUCACAUUCUUAUUCAUUAGGGAGGAAAAUUUCUUUGAGAAUAGUUAUUUAGUUCUAAAUCAUGUGGCAUUAUUUUGUUAAUACACUUGUUGUUUAAUGCUAAACUUUCCUAGAAAAUAAGGGAACGAGAAUUUAAACCUCAGAUCUGAACAUGUGGCUUU